UUCAAAAACACAUGAUCGGACACAAGUUGCAAAUAAAUAAAUCUGAUUAUUAAAUUAAUUCGAAGAUAGUGUUUAGCCUGUCGUGACCAGAAGUUUCAUAAGUAUCCAAACCAAUCUAAAGAUGCUUAAUUGCGAGGUGACAGGAUACUAGCGACAAAUUAUUGCGCAACAUAAAAGUAAUAUUUGAUAAGGUGGAACGUACGGCUACUGCGCUUUAGACAGUUCAGAAAGACGUGAAACUCAAUGGUGCUUGAGAAGUGGUCAGUUAGUGGCGUUAGUACCGAGAGGUGUCGUCACUAGUGAAAGUGUCUUGGUGCGGCUGGUUCCGUGCCAGGAAUUCUGUUGUGCAAGUUACAGUGCUUGCACGCCAAGCCGCCUAUUGUUUUUGACGGUGGCACAUGGAUAUGUUUGUAAAUAAGCCGUCGAUGGCGCGACAGGGAAGGCGAGGCCCGCUACCGGCCAUCAUGCAGUCUUAUGACAGUCUCUCUGAAACUCAGGUAGUGGGAAACACGGUUAACCACGAUAGCAUAAAACUGUAUCAUCCCGGAACAGACGGCGUCACCAUCACAAAUCAGUUUACGAGCUUAAAAUUAGGAUCGCAGAACGACGAUAAUGCCACAAACGGAAGCAGCUUCCUGCUCAUCGACGACCAAGAAAAUCUUCAGGUGACGUCCGCCGAACAGUUGGCCGGCAGAUUAGGUUGUGGUCCUCAGGCAAGACUGAAGGUAGUGUCUGUCCUGGGAAAUGCCGGAGAUGGCAAAUCUCACACGUUAAACCACACCUUCUUCUGUGGCCGAGAAGCAUUUCGGACGUCGGAAGGACAGGACUCCUGCACGAUGGGGGUGUGGGCAGCUCUAGAGCCUUCCGGCACAGCCAUCUGCCUCGAUACAGAGGGGCUACUGGGAGGAUCAGGCAUGGAUGAAAACAGGAGAACACGACUCCUCCUUAAGGUGCUGGCUGUCUCGGACAUUGUGAUCUUCCGAACGCGGGCCGAGCGCCUGCACCGCGACAUGCUAGUCUUCCUGGGCUCCGCAUCGCGUGCCUACUCGCAGCACUUUUCCGCCGCCCUCCAGGCAGUCAGUGGGAAGCUGCGCGCUCUGGGGGGAGUGUCGAUGCCCUCCCUGGGACCGUCUGUCAUCAUCUUCCAUGAAACUCGACACACCAGGCCCCUGCAGCAGACAUUAGAUGAAACCCCUGAGGACGUGCUGCGGGCCAGGUUUGCACAGUGCGGCCUCGAGAUGGACGCCUUCAGCUCGCUGCACUAUGUGGGCAUCCAGACGGUGAACCAAGCUACUGACUUUGGGACCCUGAGGUUUGCCGUGCGGUCAGAAUUGGACAACUCUUCUGUCAGGUCCCCACGGCCUCCUGCACUGGUCUUCCACACUCUGAAGGUACUGAACGAGAAGUUCAGUGGAGAGAUGGAGGUGCAGCCACGCACGCUGUUUCCUGACCAGUACUUCAGCUGCCCAGCCCGUUGCCUGUCCUGUGAGCGGCGCUGUGAGGCCGGCAUGGGGCAUUCCAAAGAGGGCCGGCCCCACAUGUCAUCUGGCCGCUGCAGAUUUCAGCACCAGUAUGAGAACUGCCAGUACAUCUGCAAGAUAUGCUAUGGCAAUGGGAUGGAAGUUAUUGUGACCCCCUGCCUCACAUCUACAUCGGACACAUCGUGGUUUGGAUUAGCAAAAUACGCAUGGUCUGGGUAUGUGAUAGAAUGCCCAAAUUGUGGAGAGAUCUACAGGAGCAGGCAGUUCUGGUAUGGAAACAAGAAUCCGGAGGAUGCGGCAGUUCGCACAGAGAUACGGCACGUGUGGCCUGGGGGUGCAGGUGGUAACCUCAUUGGCACACAGAACGCCGCCCGCAAAGUCCUCGAUGGUGUCAACUACAUAUCGGAAGCAGUGGCGAGUGUCGGGUCACCGCCUACACGGCUCCUCUCCUCCUGGGUCACAGACCAGAUUGCUCCACGCUAUUGGAAGCCUAACAAUGAAAUAAAGGACUGCAGCAACUGCCACACAUUUUUCGAGAUGGGCGAUACCAAGCACCACUGCAGGGCGUGUGGUGAGGGGGUGUGUGAGAACUGCUCAAGUCGUCAGAUGGAGGUUCCAGAGCGGGGCUGGCAUUACCCUGUCCGGGUGUGCGAUGAGUGCUACAGUAAAGCUCAGAGUGAGAAACAGCAGCCGCCACAGCAGCAGCAACGAGCUCCACAGCAGCAGGCUGUCAGCCAAUCGGCCGAGGAGGAGGCAGAGGUGCGUGCCCGCAAGGUGGGAGAGGCAGUCAUCAGCACCCUGAGCAGUGUCGCAGCAGUGCUGGAAUACCCGAGAGACUUGAUAAAAGAGAGUGCCCGGCCGAGCUACUGGCAGCCGGAUGGAGAGGCGACGGGUUGCAACUGCUGCGGUGCCGCGUUCGGUCCACGUCUGUCGCUGCACCACUGCCGCGAUUGCGGUCGUGCUGUCUGCCGGGACUGCUCGCAGAGCCGACGGCCUGUGCCCAUCCGAGGUUGGGACACGCCUGUCCGCGUUUGUGACUCGUGCAUUAAGAAGGCCUAGCAGGACUCUGACAUCAGCACUUUGCCAUUUACGUCAACAAUGCUGCUACACUAUACAUGGGACCGACAGUUGCAUGCUUUCUCCACAAUUAUCUGUUAUAACCUGAGGUUGUGUACUCCAUCAGAAUUGUUUCCAAUGCAGCUUUCUUUGUGAAAGCUAGAGUAAAGCUACAGUAUAUUAUAAAAGUACAAAAAAAAAAAUCAACUACAUGAUGUUCACAAAUAAUCGAGGGCAUACUAUGUAGUUGCCAGUUUAUAUUGUCCCGUAAAAGUAGUACUACUCCUAAAGAAGAGAUGUAUAACCAGAGUUUACUUCUGUUUGUGCUGUUAAAAGAGAAAGAAGUGUUAGACUCUAAACCUAUAGCAGACAAUGCUAAGAAGUUAACAUUGUUGAACUGUUACCUAUAUAACAUCACAAGAUUUUAGCCAUAGUGGAAAUAGAAAUUUAUCUCUAUUUUUAUAUAUUGAAGGAUAAAACAUGAAUAUAUGAAAGUAAAUUGAUAUAAUGAAAGGAACAAGAGUAUAUCAGUGGCAUAUUUACAAAACUAUCUUAUGCAAAUGUAUUUCGUAUUCAUUUGUCUUCCAUUUAUUGCACAAGUUCAGUUUCCCUCUUCUUGUGCUGUUUCAGUAAGCACCCUAAACGAGGCCAGCUCGUGUUUCUUAGAAUUCAGUGCCGAAUAGUCUCAGGCAUGUCUGAAAAAUUCCCACAUACUUCUUCCUUGCUUGUAAUUUUGUGUGGGUUGCACCUUCUGGUGGACACUGGCAUAUGUUUUUGCUCACUUUGUAAGAAUUAGGUGCCAUCCAUGACACUCGACUGUUGUACUAUCAGAGUAUUGGGCAGGGCAAAAAGAAAGAAACAAGUUCACAUAAUUCAAGGAAGGUAUGGUAGAAGACCAAACACAGAAAUUCAUACAAGAUCUCUGGAAUCUUAACUGAUGUUACAGUCAUUCAGUACGAGAAAUGCAUAUCGCUAAAUGUUAUCAAAAUUCUUGCCAAGCACAACUCUUUACUGUAUGUAGAUUCAAAACCAGUAAGCAUGAGAUUUUUAAUUUCAGAAAUCAUACAAGGGGGAUCACCUCUGGUGCACCUGUGAAAUGGAAGGCCAUCUAUCUUCUUAUCAAUGCAAUGAUGAAGUAGGUGUUUUAAUAUCACAAUUCGUGCUGACGUUGAUGAGGUGAAGAAUGUACUGUGUCCAGUCCUCAUCAAACUGUAGGAUUAGCCAGUGUUGUAACAUUUUAAGAUGUUCCAGCAGUUCUGUUACAUUCCAUAAAAAUAAAUGGGCCAUAUACCAUUCUUUGACAUUGCACAGCAUAUUGAAUUUUGGCAGAUCUCUAGGUUCUCCAUAUCUCAUAUCAUGGUGAUUUACUUUCCCUUUCAUCUGAAUUGUAUAUUCACCAAAGAAACAAAAUUAUCUGGAAAACUCUCAUCCUCCUUGUCACUGUGUUAUCAUUUUGUGUAAGGCUAUGUAAUAACUUUGACUGACACAGCUUAAAAUUCAUUUGCUUAUCAAAAAGGAUACCACACAAGUUUGCAGAGGAGCCGCAAAUUAUAACAUGCGUUAUGCAUCAGUUCUGCAGAUUUUUUGUGUAGACUUCCCUGAUAUAUUGCUUAGAUAAAGCAGUGCAUUGCUCUUUUGUUUAUGCAUAGGUCAUGUCUCUUCACAAUGUUAAAGAACCAUCAUUAAUGUCAUGGCAUAGAGCUGUAAUUAUAAAACAUGCAGUUGGGGUUGUACAAAUGCAACCAAAUCCAUUUUUGCCAGUUCCAGUACACAUUAUGCUUACUACAGAUAAUGUGUUAAUUUCUCUCUCACAUGAUCAUAAUGUUAAUGUCAGAAGCACUCCUGUCAUGUCAGUAGCAUUCAAAUUACAGAUAAAGCUUCCAGAGGUUUUGUUUAGAGUGGUACUCUGUGCAAUCUUCUGUUGUACUUACUCAGUUGGGAUAAUUGUUUCAUUCUUCUUAACUGAUCCUGUAUAAAGACAUCAUUGUGGAACAGAGGGGUCCAAUUAGAUUCUAUGCCCUGAUACAAAACAACAAAUUAUCUGCCAUUUUAUAAAUAAAACGAGAUUGUUAGAACAGUGGUACUACUGGGUGCAUUUGUGUGUAUCGUGUGGUGCAGUCUUUUGUGUCUGGAGAUGAAAUUAAAUGAUGAGUACCUCUUUUUGCUGGUUUCUCUUCUGAAGAAUUUAUCAACAUAUUUUUAUAAGUAGCAUUAACAAAUGAUGAAGAAUAUACAAUCUUCGUAACUUCUCUUGAAGGGAAGCCUUGUGAACCCCGUGUGUGGUCAUGAAGGCUGUAGGUGUAGAUACAUUAUUUGCAACAAGUGCUAGGUUAGUAGUGUCUACAUAGUAAAUGGACCUACUGUUUUUUUAAAACAAUGAGGAGUUCUAUAUAUGACUGUUUCAUUGUUGGAAUCAUUAUUUGAUAUGAACAGACAUUUCUGCAUGUUUCAAAGAAAAUUGUUUAAGAGAUGCAUAAGAUUUUAAAAGGUGAAGGAACCUUCACUUGUCUUUAAAUUUUUCUGUGUGUGAUUCUUGAAGAAGUGUGAUUACUUCGUCAAAGUAAGGAUUUGAGAGUUGAUUGCUGAUAGCUCUGGAUUGUUGUUUGUAUUGUGGAGGUGAUCAGAAUUGUAAGCUCUUGCCGAGUAGGGUGUGGCAAUUUUACUUUGUCCAGUAUAUGUCUUUCAUUUGUAAUACAGAAAAAUUUCAGUUACUUGAAAAUUCUGUCAAUGAAUGAAAGGUGUAAUCUAUGUACUAAUGAGAUGUACUCACAAACCAAAGUAAUUGUGAAGAGAAGAAAGAGCUAGCUUGCUUGCUAUGUAGUUGUUUGUGUAAAGACACUGUGUUGAAGAUACGUGGAACCAUUCCAUAA